AUGGUGCUAUACCAUGGCAAGACUACCCUGGAGGCCCAUGAUGUUCCCCUGAAACCUGAACAAGAAGGCUUAGGUGCCACCAGCCGGAUUGUAUCUGUCCUUGCCAGUACCAUGUCCUUCCCCACCACCACAGCCAUCUAUGCUUAUAACUUUUUCACCAGCCUGGAGCUAGUGCGUGAUGAUGGGAUACUGGCUGUCAGUGGGAAGGACAACAAAACGGUCAUUCUUCUGUCAACCGACAUGGGGGUGGGGCCGAUGUCCACAGUCAUCAGGUACUGCAGUGAGAGUAAGAAGAGGGAGCCUGUGAGCUGUCCAGCUGUCAUCAGGAGUUAUAAUGCCAACCUGGGGGGCAUUGAUAAGAGUCAUCAGGUACUCCCCAUGAAGUCAAAGAGGAGGUACCUGGGACUGUUUGCAUACGUCAUUGAUGUCAGCCUUACAAAUGCCUGGGUGGUGUACAAGCCUCUGAAAGAUUUCAGACUCUAG